GGAGGAGGAGGAGGAGAGGAGGGUGUGCAGAGGACUUAGUCACAAAGGCAUUCUCUCCAUUCUGCAGCAAAGUGAGCUGCAGUCCUACUGCAGGACACUUCCAAACCCUUGUGACACCCAGAGAAACUCAGCUCUAGAGUGGAAGCAUAGCUGUGGUGUGAAUUGCCCUGGAUAGAGACCCAUUCUUCAGUCUUCCUGAUGAUGUUUCUUUUGAAAGAUUUUUUUCUAAUCCCAUCUGGAUCUAAUGGUAGUGUACGUUAGCAUUAUGCUCGAUUUGGCAUAAAGGGAGGCUCUUAUACAAACAAAAAUACAACUGGAAGCACCGUGAGCAAUAGGGGAACGACAGAUGCAGGCAUGAUCCGUAAUCAUAGGAUAUCUCAAGAUGAACUCUUCUAUAGAUGACAGUAACAGCAGUAGCAGUAGCCACCCCUUCUGCCUGUUGGGCAUUGGAUCCCAUGAGGCUAUUCCAGUCUGCAUCUUGGAAGUUGGUAUAAUCAUCUUCCUCACUGUAUUGAUCAUCUCAGGCAAUUUGAUUGUGAUCUUCGUCUUCCACUGUGCUCCUCUACUCAACCACCACACCACUAGCUACUUCAUACAAACAAUGGCAUAUGCAGACCUUCUUGUUGGUGUAAGCUGUUUGGUGCCUUCUUUCUCUCUUCUUCACUAUCCUGCUGUCCUUCCGGAGUACUUUGUGUGCAGGAUGUUUGGAUAUGUGGUAUCUGUUCUGAAGAGUGUGUCUAUGACAUCUUUGGCCUGUAUUAGCAUUGACCGGUACAUUGCCAUCACAAAACCUCUGACAUAUAACACACUUGUCACAGCAUGUCGGCUGCGCUUCUGCAUCCUGAUCUUAUGGGUAUAUUCAUGUGCAGUGUUUCUGCCCACGUUUUUAGGUUGGGGGAAGCCUGGAUACCAUGGGGAUGUGUUUCAAUCCUGUGCAAACUUAUGGCACACUAGCCCAUACUUCACUUCCUUCAUUGUGAUCAUGCUGUAUGCUCCGGCAGCCAUCAUUGUUUGCUUUACCUACUUUAACAUCUUUCGGAUCUGCCAGCAGCACACUAAGGAGAUAAAUGAGAGACGGAUACGUUUCAGUACCUCAGAAAGCGAACCUAGCCAGGGGCAGCCCAGCCCGGACAAACACUAUGCCACAGUGCUCUUCCGCAUUACCAGCGUUUUCUAUAUUCUCUGGUUGCCCUACAUCAUCUACUUUCUCCUGGAGAGUUCCAAGGUCUAUGCAAACCAAACUGCAUCCUUCCUUACAACGUGGUUAGCCAUCAGCAAUAGCUUCUGUAACUGUGUAAUAUACAGCAUGUCUAACAGUGUUUUUCAGAAGGGACUGAAGCGCCUCUCUGGAACGGUGUGUGCAUCAUGUUCUAGGCAAGGGGAGAGCAAUGAAGUUCCAGGUACUGUAAGCAAGAGACCAACUGAUGGCUGCAACCCUUAACAAGCAUACACUGUGGACCAAACUUUUUGUUUAGAAUCUUGUUCCUUAACUGCGUUCGGUAAACCUAGGCUGUGCCAAUAAAUGUGCAAAAGAGUUGCCUUUCAAAGAUUCACUAUAAAUGUCCUCAUUGUUAGUUUGCAGCAAUACUGGUAAAUCCACUUCAUGAUUCAAGGGCAUACUUAAUAUCAGUCCCGUAAUGGGAAAUUUGUGCUGUUACCAUGUGUAUUGUGACCAUGAUUGGUGCUGUUUAUCUUGUGAUCUGGGCUUAUAUGACAUUCUACCAGGAAUGGAAACAAUGUGGAGGUGCAUAUUUGAUGCCUAUUUUCCCCAUCCUAUCUCUCCAUGUUUUUUGCUCACCUCAAACUACAGAUCAUAGAUGCAGUUCUAAAUUUGGAUUUUUCAGUGGUUGACAGGUUUCCGCUGCACCCAUGACCUUUUGUUCCUGAAUGGCAUCUUUUAUGGAGCUAAAUAUUUGGAUUUACAUGUGGAUGGCUGGAAUUUUCUCCUUGCAAAAGGGAAUUGCCUUGAUUCCGACAAAAACCUAAACUGUGAGCAGCAAACAAAUAAAAAUCACCUCUUCAAGAUAGACAUAAUAUGUCUGUGAUUAGAAAGUUUCCAUUAUUACAUUUAUUUUGUUAUAUGCCUAAAUGAUUUGGUCCCCACCAAAAUGAAUGCAAUAUUUUUCUAAGUGAAAAAAAUAAUAUAUUAUUGGUAAUAUUUAGACAACAAAAUGUCGACUACUGGAAUAUUUUUAGUCUAGUUUAAGGAUAUUCGCCUUACUGCUUGAGUAUUCAUAAGGACGUAAAUAUUGAAUGUCUGUUUUGUGUCUCAUAAACGUAUUACUUGUU